AUGUUGGCGCCCUCGCGAUUCGCGCCGAGGGUGUGUCGGCUCUGUCGCCGCGUUUCUUCUCCCUCUGCCCGGCGAGCAUUUUCCUCGGCCACGACGCCGACGCCGCCGCCGGGGGAGCCUACCUGGCCACAGCGCCAACCGCGCGGCGAGUACUACGACAUUCUCCUGCGCGAUCCCACGCCGUACGGCGCGAGCAUCAACAAGUCCGACGACGCGAGCCCUUUACCGUCCUCCCCCGCUGCAGGCAGCCGGCCCGCCAAGACGUACGAGACCAUUUCCUCGCGCACCGCCUACUCCGACUCCAACAGCAGCACCGCGGCCGCCGACCGCGCGCGCGUCAUCUUUGGCUCGCGGCUGCUCGGUCCCGCUGAGCGCGCCGAGCGCGCGGCCGGGCGGCAAGCGCGGGCGACCAUGGUCGCGGGCGUGCGCGUGCCCCCGCGGCCCGAGGAGCCGGACAACUGCUGCAUGAGCGGGUGCGUCAACUGCGUGUGGGACCUGUUCCGCGAGGACAUGGAGGAGUGGACGCUGCAGUCCAACGAGGCCAAGAAGCGUCUGGCCGCCGCCGCCGCCGCCGCUGCUGGUGCUGCUCCGCCGGGCGAAGCCGAUGGGAAGACGCCGCCGGCGGUGGGCGAUGCCACGAUUGCCAAGGACAUGUGGACAGACGACCUCUUCCAGAACGUGCCCGUGGGGAUCCGCGAAUUCAUGAAGCAGGAGAAGCGGUUAAAGGAAAAGCAUCAGCGCGAGGGGACGAGCGGAGGUUAA